AUGCAUUUGAUUGAGCCAUUAAGGGAUAGAGUGGAUGUACCUACCAAGUUUGUUAAGUGGGAUACACAACACUUGCAUACAACAAUGACCAACUUAGAUGUUUUUUCGUGUGACACCAGUGUGUUCGAAGAUUUGUGUAAGACACCGGAUGUUGGAAAUAUGAGUUACAAAUUUGGUAGUGCUGCACUUAAGCAUGGAACUGAGACUAACGCUUCAGAUUUAAGGUCGUCAUCUGUGAUCACUAGUGUUGCCUCUGGAAAGGUAGCGAAUAACAUUGUUGUUGAAUUGGACCCUCCUAACAUGUUCCAACUCAUCCCCACACAAGACACUGGUUUUCAUGGAGUUGUGAACGACUAUGGUCAUGAUGAUUCCCCCAAAACACCUACAAAAUCUAAUUUUGAUAUAGAGGGAAGGCUAAAGGAGUGUUUAUUACUUUUAGAGAACGAGCGUUCAAAUAAUAGUGAAAAUAAGGUAAUGAAGGAAGAAAUAUCAAAAUUGAACAUGAAACUCGAGGAAGCACAGGUGCAAGCUGUUAUGUGCAAUGAAUUGUGCUGUAAUGCUGAAUUCAUUGUGGCAGAUGAGCACAAGCAGUAUGAUGAGUUGUCAAACGACCUCUAA